AUGAUAUCUUGGCACUAUCUACAUCAGGAGUGUCAAACUCAAGAAGAAGAAGAAGUGGAAGAAAUCAAGGAAGAUGCAGAAGAAGCCAUAGCAGAAGAACCAGAAGAGCAAGCUAAAGAACAUGAAGAAGGGGAAUCAAAGCCCAAACCCAAGUUGUUCACACCUAAUCUGGUCCCUCCAAAGAUCCCUGAUGGAGAGAGAGUAGACUUUGAUGAUAUUCACCGGAAGCGAAUGGAAAAAGAUCUGAAUGAAUUGCAAGCUCUAAUUGAGGCUCAUUUUGAGAAUCGAAAGAAGGAAGAAGAAGAGCUGAUCUUCCUCAAGGACAGAAUUGAGCAGCGGCGAGCUGAACGAGCUGAACAACAACGGAUCCGUAGUGAGCGAGAGAAGGAACGCCAGGCCCGUCUGGCUGAAGAGAGAGCUCGAAAAGAGGAGGAAGAAGCCAGGAAGCGGGCUGAAGAGGAUGAGAGGAAGAAAAAAGCUUUCUCCAACAUGCUUCAUUUUGGAGGCUACCUUCAGAAGACAGAGAAGAAAAGUGGGAAAAAACAAACAGAGCGGGAAAAGAAGAAAAAGAUCCUCACUGAGCGCCGUAAACCCCUGAAUAUUGAUCAUUUGAAUGAAGACAAAUUGAGAGAAAAGGCCAAGGAACUGUGGCAGACCAUUCAUGAUCUUGAGGCUGAGAAAUUUGAUUUACAGGAAAAGUUCAAAAGGCAGAAAUAUGAGAUUAAUGUUCUACGGAAUCGCAUUAGUGAUCAUCAAAAGGUGAAAGGCUCCAAAGCUGCCCGUGGAAAGCCUGUGGUUGGUGGCCGAUGGAAGUGAUGUGUUUCCUGUCUAGACUCUGAAGACAACUAUUCAGUACAUUUGAUCCACUCUCCCCAUCUGUGUGGUCCAGAUAAAUGCACCAACUUGUCUAGAUUUUCCAGAACAAGCUGCUUUCUAAAGGCCUCACUCUAUAACUGCAUAACCCCAGCACUGCACGAUGGAAAUGGACAGAUUACCUGUCACUCAAGUUAACAAAUUUAUGUCUGUAAAUAAAGCAACU